GUCAGUGCGGGCAGCAUCGUCUCCCAGCCCGGUUACAGUAACUGCUGCAGGCGACAUAUCCUCCGGAUCGGGACAGGAGAUUCAGGUUUGCUCCAUCCAUGCGAUCCGAGCCCGACUGAGAGCGCACCAUCCACCUGGAUAAGCGGCAUCGGCAUCAGCAUCAGUGCAGGGAGAACGCGGACGCAAGCAUCUCCACGAGAAUAUGAUGCUCCAACAGCACUUGCUUUUUGUGCUCUACAGCUUCUGUGGGAUUGUCAUUAAAGAGGCGGCAACGAAAAACAAAGUGAAAGGUAGCCAGGCUCAGUUCCCCAUCGCCCAGAAUGUGACGGUGGUCGAGGGUAGCACGGCUAACAUGACCUGCCGAGUGGAUUAUAAUGAUAACACCUCCCUCCAGUGGUCAAAUCCAGCACAACAGACCCUCUUCUUUGGGGACAAGAAAGCAUUAAGGGACAACCGGAUUGAACUGGUUCGAGCCUCUUGGAAGGAGCUGACCAUCAGCAUCAGUGAUGUUACUCUGUCAGAUGAAGGACAGUAUACAUGCUCGCUCUUCACCAUGCCUGUCAAGACCUCCAAGGCCUUCCUGACUGUGUUAGGUGUUCCAGCGAAACCAGAAAUCACAGGCCUCUCGAGACCUGCCCAGGAGGGGGAGGACGUCACACUGACAUGCACCACAUCUGGCAGCAAACCGGCUGCUGACAUCCGAUGGUUCAGAAACGACAAGGAGGUGCAAGGUCAGAAGGAGGUAAACGCCACUGGGAGGUCAUUCACGGUCAGGAGCACCAUACACCUCAAGGUGGACAGGACAGAUGAUGGAGCAGCGUACACCUGUGUAGUGGAGCACAUAGCUCUGGGCUCCUUGCCGCACCAGGUUACAGAAGUGCUGGAGGUCCACUAUCCUCCUCAGGUACAGAUUGUGCGCUCAGUAAUAGUACCUCAGGAAGGACAAUACUUCAAACUGGAGUGUGUAUCCAAAGGCAACCCACUGCCUGAGCCAGUUUUUUGGACAAAAGAUGGAGGUGAGCUUCCUGAUGUUGAACGAAUGAUUGUGGAGGGUAGAGAUCUAAUCAUAACCACACUGAACAAAACAGACAAUGGCACAUAUCGCUGUGAGGCCAGCAACCACCUCGGCACCAACAGGGAUGAAUUUACACUGUAUGUGUAUGCUAAAGAUUUCCCAGGUACAACCACAGAUCCCAACGCGCUGACGCAGCCCGGCCCCGACCACGCGCUCAUCGGCGGAGUGGUGGCCGUGGUGGUCUUCAUCACCCUGUGCUUCAUCAUCGUCCUGGGCCGAUAUCUGGCCAGGCACAAAGGGACAUACUUAACCAAUGAGGCCAAAGGAGCGGAGGACGCCCCUGACGCAGACACUGCCAUCAUCAAUGCGGAGGGGAACCACGCACAUGCAGAGGAAAAGAAAGAAUAUUACCAGGGAGCGGCAAGAAAUGUGGUUCAUCUCAAGUCGGAAAACCUUGGCUUUGCCAAUAAUUACGCUUUAAGACAAGAAUACGUGAGAUGUAUAAUGUAAAUAUCAUGUACUGUCUUUGUUUUUGUGUGCGUGUCUGUUGUUUUCCAUUGUGAAAGUGGGGUUUUUUGUUA